UCCUAGAAAACAAAAGCAUCCAACAGUUCCUGAGAGUGUGCUAAUAAACCCCCUCUCUGUGGAGAACCACACUCCCCUGACCCAGACACUAGGAAGGAGGUGAAUGUCCUUGCAUGAAAGCUAAAGAAAACCUCAGGGUCUUUGCAGAGGGAUUUCUCCUGUCCCUGCUUCUUGUCAGCCCCAUGCCGAGCUGUCCCUGUCAUUGUUGUGACUGAUUUCCCCUCAGCAGGCAGGGCUGGAGUCACUUCAUUCUUGUUAGAACAGGAAAGCAGAGCUCAGGGCAAGGCACAGCUCAGCCUUUGGCCUCUGGAUUCUGUAAGGACAAGUUUUAAGAAGUUCAACUCCAGAUGCUCGUGUGCACUCGAGCUCACACAUCACUAAAUCACUGAGAAAGCUAAAAAUAGCCUGAAACCUUCCGCAGGCAGGAAGGUUCUGCUGUGCGCAGAAAGGGAAGCCCCUGACAGAAGGAUCCCAUCUCCAGGCAGCCCUGAGCAGUGACACCAGCAGUGCCUCCUCUCAGCUUUGGGUGGCUCUCAGCGUUCCUGGCCUGAAACAGAGCCCGGACACAGCAGGCUGGUGGCCCAGGGGCCUUUUCCUGAGGUGGGGCUGGGCUGGAUGUCCCUGCUGUGAGCAGGCAACAAAUUGGUGUCAGGAGUGAAGUGAUCCCUGAGGUGGCAGCUCGAGGGGCUCAGCUCCAGCCCACCCAGGGACACUGCUCAGCAGUGCCCAGGAGCAGGGCCAAGGCAGCGCCCUGUGGGUACUGGUGCCCCCCACAGAGGACAGAGUCUGUGGCUCAUAACCUUUGCUCACAAGGUUUUUCUGGUUGGACUAAAGAGGAUCCAAGCCAGGACAUGGUGAAGCUUUGGUAGGGCUGGUGGCCAAGGUGACUGAGAUGUUGUUGGUCACCUACCAGGUGCUGCCUCCUCCAAACACCCAAACAAGAGCCUAAAGGACAUGCCAAGCCAUGUGCACCCACCUCUGGCAUUAACACUCCCUCAGUCCCUUGGAGCUGUUUCCACAUCCCCUGUCUGUUCCCAGCAGCGCCAGGAGAUUUCUCUGCCAAAAAGGGAUUUGCUGUUACCUGGAAAUCGAUGAUGAGGCUCCAGAAGUGUCCCACAAAGGCAAGGUUCUACUGGAAUGUGACAGCGCUGCUCCAUCAUGCUGCCACAAAUCCAUUUCCACCCAGCACUGAGACGCCACCCCUUCUCACACGUGGCCAGUGGCUUUCAGAAAGGGCCUGGGUCAGCAGGACAUCCACGUCUUGGCUUCUGGAGCUCCUUGGGCAGCCCAUUGGCCAGUUUCUCCCCUCUGCAGCCCCAGCCUGGGCUGUUUGUGGCUCCCUGUGUCCCACUUGUGCCUGUCACAUGUGGUGUGAGGCACACAGCCCACAAAGGAAACCCUGGGUGACAAACCCCGGUGCGGGGGGCGGAGGCGAGACCGGAACAGAGCUGGUGCAGCCUCGACUGCCAUCUCAGUACCUCAGGGUGCUGCUCCGGCCCUGGGACCCCACACCAAGGCAGGAUGGAGGAUUUGGAUGCUUUGCUGGAAGAACUGGAGCAGAGCUCCUGCCUGGCCUCCAAGGAGCGUGCUCUGCAGGGACCAAGCUCCUGCCAGGAUGCCCAGCAUGGUACCCUGAAGGUGCCGCUGCCACCCCGAGCUCAGCCUCCAGGAGAAGGUUUGGAUUCAGUGUACAGCUGGCAGCUGCAGGGCAGGGAGCUGGGGUGCCCAUGGAGUCCUUGCUGGACAACAUGCUGGACAGCCUCACCCGGGACCUGCAGGAGCUGGGAAUCACAGCCGCGCCUGCCGGCAUCUGCGCCACCUGCCGCAAGCCCAUCGCUGGCAAGGUGCUCACAGCCCUGGGCAAAACCUGGCAUCCCGAGCACUUCACCUGUGCCCGCUGUGGGAAAGAGCUGGACAAGGGGCCCUUCUUCGAGCAGGGUGGGCAGGCGUUCUGUGAGGAGGAUUAUCACCAGGCCUUCUCCCCGCGCUGUGCCUACUGUGCCGGCCCCAUCCGCGAGAAAGUCCUCACGGCCCUGGAGCAGACCUGGCACCCCGAGCACUUCUUCUGUGCCCACUGUGGGAAGGUGUUUGGAGAUGAGGGAUUCCUGGAGCGCAACGGGAAGCCGUACUGCCACCAGGACUUCCUGGCCAUGUUUGCCCCCAAAUGCCAGGGCUGUGAGCGCCCUGUCACGGACAACUACCUGUCGGCCCUGCAAGGUGUCUGGCACGCCGAGUGCUUCGUGUGCACGGAGUGCCUGACUGGCUUCACCGGCGGGUCCUUCUUCGAGCUGGAGGGACGGCCCUACUGCGAGCUGCACUUCCACCAGCGGCAGGGCACCAUCUGCCACGGCUGCGGCCGCCCCGUCACCGGGCGCUGCAUCACGGCCGCGGGGCGCAGGUACCACCCCGAGCACUUUGUCUGCGCCUACUGCCUGGGCCGGCUGCACAAGGGCACCUUCCGCGAGUGCGGCGACAAGAUGUACUGCCAGCCCUGCCACGACAAGCUCUUUGUCUGAGCCCCAGCUGCCCAGGAUGUCCCCAGCAUCAUCCCCACCAUCAUCACGCCUGGUAUUGUCCCCGCUGACCCAAACACACCUCAUAUGCCACCCAUCAACAUCCCUGGAGCUGGUUCUGCUCAGCCAACUGCUCCCAGCCUUGGCUGCUGCCAGGCAUCAUUCCUUGUCCCCGUCCCUGCAAGACAUUGCUGGCACUGCCCCUUGGACCUGAAGCAAUAAAAUACCUGGUCCUGCCUUU